AUGGCAUCAGAUAUUCCUGGCUCGGUGGCCUUGCCGGUGGCACCGAUGGCAAGUGGGCAGGUGAGGAUGGCAGGAUCCAUGCCUUCCAGAGGAGGAAAGCGCCGCUCUGGAAUGGACUUCGAUGACGAAGAUGGGGAGGGACCCAGCAAAUUUUCAAGGUAUGAUGGUGAUCAAAUCUCUGGUGAUAAGGAAAAGUUUGCAAGGGAGAAUCAUAGUGAAAUUGAGAGACGCAGGAGAAAUAAGAUGACACAGUACAUCACCGAACUGUCCGAUAUGGUACCCACUUGUAGCGCGUUGGCUCGAAAGCCUGACAAGCUGACGAUUCUUCGGAUGGCUGUUUCACACAUGAAAUCAAUGAGAGGCACUGGAAACAAAUCUACUGAUGGAGCUUACAAGCCUUCGUUUCUUACAGAACAGGAACUGAAACAUCUUAUCCUGGAGGCUGCGGAUGGGUUCCUGUUUGUAGUUGCAGCUGAGACGGGAAGAGUGAUCUACGUGUCGGAUUCUGUGACUCCUGUGCUGAACCAGCCACAGUCCGAAUGGUUUGGCAGCACGUUGUAUGAACAGGUUCAUCCAGAUGAUGUGGAAAAGCUGCGAGAGCAACUGUGUACAUCCGAGAACUCUAUGACAGGUCAGCUAUGUCCCAU